GUGGGAAAUGCAUUGUAAUUCUAACACUGCACAUAGGGUAAAUCGAGAUUAUAUGGCCAUAGAGGAGAGAUGGCCCAACUCGAUAUUUUCCUAAAUAGUUAUUAGAGGGCGUUUUUUUCAAUAAGGCUCAAUGUACUGUUGUGUGAUCGUGCUAUACUAGAAACUCUGAGUCAAUUAACUAAGUUCAAAGAUGCCAAAAAUUUAUAAAAGAAAAUCAUUGGAGAGGGCCAAAUGGACCGAGGAGCAACUGAAAUCUGCAAUGAGUACUGUUAAAGAUGAGGGAUUAUCUGUACGUCAGGCUGGAAAAACUUUCGGUAUUCCGAGAAAGACAUUGGAAAGGCGAAAGUAUGAAGACCAUAAGAAAAAAUUGGACCCAGAUACUACUUUCGGAGCUGCACAUGAAAACAGACUGGUACGGCAUAUUAAAGAAAUGCGAAAAGUGGAUUUCCACUUACUAGAGAUGAUUUGCGAACCAUAGCUUAUAAAUUUGCUGUUCAGCUAGGCUUGAAACAUAAAUUUAAUAAUCGGCUUCAGAAAGCUGGUUAAGUUUGGCUGCAUUCAUUUCUCACCGGAAAAAAUGACAAUUUAAAAAUAUUCCUUCAACUAGUUCUGGCAAAAGAGCAAAUUUUGGCAACAAAAGGGCCAAGAAUAGGACAAAAAUAAGCAAGAAGAUCAAAAGAGAAUGAAAGCUCUUCGGAUUCGCAAGUUUCAUCCUAUGAUAGUGACUCCCCAAGAGACGAGGACGACGAUAUCUGUUUUGUUUGUGGGAGUUCGGAAAAGACAACGAAUUCUGGUUUAGAUUUUAGAUGCACCGUAUGUGGUUUGUGGAUCCACAAACUUUGUAGUGGAUCAAAUUCUGCCAAACAAUUUGUCUGUGGCUUUUGUUUGCCGAAAACUUGAGAUUAGCAAAAUAAUGUUAUAUAUAUAUACAUAUAAUAUUGUUUUUGAACUAUUAGCAUG